AUGGAGGAUGGUAGCAAGUCUAAGAGAAGUUUAAGAAAGGACGGUGAAAAGAAGAAAUCAAUUUCAAGGUCGAUGAAGGCCGGUCUUCAGUUUCCGGUGGGUAGGAUCGGGCGGUUCUUGAAGCAAGGUCGUUAUGGUAAGCGUGUUGGAAGAGGAGCUCCUGUUUACCUAGAAGUUGUUCUCGAGUAUCUUGCAGCUGAGGUUCUUGAGUUGGCUGGGAAUGCGACAACAGAUAACAAGAAGAGUAGGAUAACGCCAAGAUAUCUUCAAUUGGCAGUGAGAAAUGAUGAAGAGCUUGGGAAGCUUUUUGCAGGGGUAACAUCUUUUCUUAUGGUGGUAUCAAUAACAAGCAUUUCUCUGAUUUCAAGUGCCAUGAACCUAUCUUUAUCACCAUCUUCAUCUUGA